GCGUACAGUAACGGAAACGGAGUAUGUAGCUGGUUCUCUAACUAUUUCUUUUAUGUGAUACUUCGAAGUGGCUGCAUAAUAAGACGCUUUCGUAAAAAAAAGAACUGUUAAAGAUGCACGACAAUGAAGGGUUGACGUUGCAUUUGUUAUUGGUGUUACUUUUGUGUGCAGAAGUGCACACGACAAGUACAGGACACCUUAUUAAGAAAAGAAAUUAUAGUGAUCAGAGUGUAAGAGGUUAUUUGGCGGAGCGAACUUGUUGGUGGAACGAAGUCUGCAAAGAAGAGUUUCAUAGUAAAUUUCGAUGUCGUUGUCCACGAUGGUCCUACUGUCGUGCCCCUGGUAGAUAUUACGAUGCGCAUUGCAGCAUGACGCGCACCGGUUAUAUUUGGACGCAACCAGAGACUUCGUUAGCUCUCGAAGUCAAUAAAUGAUUCAUUUUACAUGAAUUAUUUCUUAUUCCUUUCUGAAAUAAAAAAUAUCGAGGGUAUCGAAUUUAUGCUUGACGAGGGAAAUAGUGAAAAUAAUAAUUUGAAUUUUACAGGAAUGUAUAAAAAUAAAUUGAAAACGUAGAACAUAGCGAACAUUUAUUCAAUUUUACCAUUAAUAAUAAGAAAAUUUUCCGAUGCAACCUACGCAUAGGCCGAGCACAAGAAAGAUAUUAAAUUAAAACGUAGUAUUAUGGGAAAUUGGAAGGGAUGAAACAACAAGUUGCAUGUUUAAAAGGAAUGUAGGAAUUUCUGAAAGUUAAAAUAGUAGACAAACACAUAGGAAAAAAGUCAAAGACAGAUUGAAAAGAAGUAAAUUAAAUAAAUAAAUAGGAGAUUUUUUAAAGACCUUGUCAAAACAAGGCAACAGAGACGUACAUAAGCGUAAUAUUGACGAAUUUACGAAAAUACGAAGUUUGGAUUCAUUGGGCAAAGAAAGACAAGAACGUGUAAAUUAAAUAGACAAAUAAGAAAUUUUGAAGUCAUGGAAACAAGCGAGCAAAGUAUAUGUUAAAACAAAGGAUUCGAAGUUUGGAUUUGAUAAAAAAGACAAGUAUAAAGACACAUCGUAAUAAUAAAAAAGAAAUUAAUAAUUGAGAAUGUAUGAGUUUAGA